UGCCAUGUCUAUGAUGCAAUUGAAUCUACCCUCUAUGGUUGUGAUUUCUAAUGAAAAUGUUCCUAUUUCAGAAGGAUUGAGAUCAGUUUGUUUUUCUGGUUGAUCAGCUUCACAUUGAAUCUACCCUUGUACAUGUUAUCAAGAUCCAAAAGAGGUUGCAAAGCAAUGUUGAAGUGAUUUUUUUCACAUAAGAUGGAUGAGAAAAUUAAGUCAUCUCCUAACACAUUGGUACAAUGUCGAAUAUGCCAUGAUGAAGAUGAAGAUUCAAACAUGGAAACACCUUGUUCUUGUUGUGGCACCUUGAAGUACGCACAUAGAAAAUGUGUCCAAAGAUGGUGCAAUGCGAAAGGUGAUAAUACCUGUGAGAUUUGCCAACAGCAACUUAAGGGCUACGUUGCACUUCCACCAGCUCCUUUGUUUCAUUUUGGUGGUUCUCCAAUAAAUUUUGGAGAGACUACUAGAAUGGAUCUUCAUAAUCAUCAGUUUAUAGCAAUGUUUACUACUAAUCAUGAGUUCACAGACCCUGACUUUGAAUAUUCAGCCCCCUCUACAAGGAGCCUGAUAUGCUACCGCAUCAUUGCCAUCAUUUUUCUUGUUCUUCUUGUUUUACGCCAUACACUUCCAAUCAUAUUUAUACUCAGUGGAGCAGAAGGGUAUUCAUUGACAGUGUCUACGUUAAUUGUGUUGAGAAUCAUUGGAAUGCUUGUACCAGUGUAUAUAAUGGUUAAAGCUAUUAUUUCGAUCCAACGGCUUCAGUUUGUGCAUGAGGAUCAUCACUCUCCUAUGCAAUCUCAUGAGGAAAAUGGCAUGGAGGGGCAGUCUCAGUUGCGUGUCAUUCAGAUUCAGUGACUUCAUGAUCAAUUUGGAAUGGAGAAGUUGAGAUAAUGUUGAAAAGAUAAAUCAGAGUGGAAUCAUGAAUCAUGAUCAUUCUUUAUGUGCCGGGAUGGCAGAAGAAAACCUGUUUAGAUUUCCGUUACAUUCACCUAAAAGAACUUUCAUCCUACUUCAUUGUGAGACAUGAAUUUCUUCUGAAAAUAUUUCUGAGAUUUGCUAAA